AUGUCAAAUAUUUCUCUGCGCUCUGGUAUUUCUUUAUUUCUUUCUUUCCAUUUUUUUUUAUUUUCCUUUAAUUUUUUUCUAAGCGCUCUGAUUUUCUUUUUUCUUUCUUUCUUUUUUCUUUCUUUUUUCUUUCUUUCUAUUUUUCAUCAGUUUUUUUUAUCCUCUCAUAUUUUCUUUAGAUUUUCCGUCAGUUUUUUUUUUCACGCCCUCAGAUUCUCUUUCUUUUGCACAUUCACCAAUUUAUUCUUUCUUUCUUUGAUUCUUUUCAUUUUGCGAUUUACAUUUACAUUUUCCGAUUUUCUUUCUUUCUUUCUUAGAUCCGAUUAUUCUUUCUUUUUCUUUCUCCUCUCCCCUAUAAUUCUUGUAUUUCCUUUUUUUUUCCUUUUUUUUUUUCUUUAUAUAUACGUUCCUAUUUUCUUUAUUUCUCUACUUCCCUGGAACUCUUCUACUUUUUUUCUUUCUUUAUGCGCCCAAUUUUCUUUCUUUCUUUUUCUUUCUCGUGUUCUCUGGAACUCAGUACUUUCCUUCUUUCUUUCCUCCUUUUUUUCCUUCUUUCUUUCCUUCUUUCUUUCCUUCUUUCUUUCAUUUUUCUUUCUUUAUGCGCCCAAUUUUCUUUCUUUCUUUUUCUUUCUCGUGUUCUCUGGAACUCAGUACUUUCCUUCUUUCUUUCCUUCUUUCUUUCAUUUUUCUUUCUUUAUGCGCCCAAUUUUCUUUCUUUCUUUUUCUUUCUCUGGAACUCAAACUCUUGUACUUUCAUUUUUCUUUCUUUUCUCUUUCUUUCUUUUCUCUUUCUUCCUUUCUUUUUUGUUGCUCUCCUUCUCUUUUUAUUUCUCUAUCACCCUAUUUUUCUUUCUCUCUCUCUCCCUUCUUUGCCCUAUUACUUCAUUCUUUCUCUCUUUCUUUCUUUCUUUCUUUCUUUCUUUCUUUCUUUCUUUCUUUCUUUCAAUCACUCUUCUCUCGCUUAUUCUCUCACGCGUCAUUUCUCAAGCUGCUCUUUCUCACUUAACAUAUAAACGUGCUUCUCUCUCCCCCUCACUCUCCCUUUCUCUCCGUCUCUCCCAAUUUACCCCCGUCUCUCUUCCUCUCUCCUGUUACAUGUAA